AUGGCGCGCUCCAAGCAACCAGCCAUCAAGCGCGAAGCUUCGUCCGAGUUCUUUAACAAGACAACCGCAACAUGGGAGGAUACUGAUAAGUCGCAAAAGGGCGCUUCUAAUGCAAACAUUGUGAACAAAACAGUUGAUGCCAUGCCAGCCUCCGCGCAAGAAGCCGGGGUCUUGCAGCUUGUUAUCGCCGUUGCGGGUAUCUAUGCUUCAUUCCUCACUUGGGCUUAUCUUCAAGAGAAGCUUACUACAAAGCCUUAUGGCCCUGCCGAUGCACCGGAAGUCUGGCACUUCCCCGUCUUCCUCAAUACCAUUCAGUCCGUCUUCGCUGCCAUUGUAGGCGCCGUCUACCUCUACGCCUCGACCCCCCGAAAUGCCUCCGUCCCUCCCGUCAUUCCCUCGCGCCGCAUCCUUGCGCCUCUCGCCCUCGUCGCCAUUACUAGCAGUCUUGCCAGUCCCUUCGGCUACGCGUCCCUGGCCCAUAUCGACUACAUCACCUUCCUCCUUGCCAAGAGCUGCAAGCUGCUACCUGUUAUGUUCCUUCACAUCACCGUCUUCCGUCGCCGUUACCCUCUGUACAAGUACCUUGUUGUUGCGGCCGUGACCCUCGGCGUGGCUGUUUUUACUCUUCACUCUGGAAAGAAGAAGGGCAGCAAGGUUCGCUCCGAUGAUGCGAGCACGGGUUGGGGUCUCUUGCUGCUCGGCAUCAACCUCUUGUUCGACGGCUUGACCAACAGUACCCAGGACCACAUCUUCCAGACUUUCCGACCGUACUCUGGACCUCAGAUGAUGUGCGCCAAUAACAUUAUGAGCACCAUUGUUACGGGCGCUUACUUGAUUGUAAGCCCUUGGUUGGUCGCCACAGGCCUCGGAGAGUGGUUCGGCAUGGAUGUUGCUGGUAACGCGGGCGAGCUCAAGGCUGCAUUGGACUUUAUGGCUCGUUAUCCCGCUGUCUGGAAGGAUGUCCUUGGUUUCGCUGCUUGUGGUGCCGUUGGCCAAGUAUUCAUCUUCUAUACCCUUUCCACCUUCUCUUCAGUCCUGCUGGUAACUGUCACGGUCACUCGAAAGAUGUUUACCAUGAUUCUGUCAGUCCUCGCGUUUGGCCAUCGCCUCACGCAGAUGCAGUGGCUAGGUGUCGCACUUGUCUUUGGCGGCAUUGGUGUCGAAGCUGGAAUUGCGCGACAGGAGAAGAUGGCGAAAGAGGCCGCCAAGAAGGCUCAGCAGAGCGGAAAGAAGGAACUGUAA